AUGAAGAUCAAGGUACUCCAGCGAAGCGAGCAGGACUACCUGGGUGCGACGUCGAGAGACAUCACACGCCACUUUCGCAAUGCGGAUCCAGACUUGCAUCCCUUUGAACGUGCUCGAGAGUACCAGCGGGCUUUGAAGGCGGUAAAGAUGGAGAAGAUCUUUGCCAAGCCGUUUGUAAAGGCACUUGAUGGGCACACGGACUCUGUCAAGUGCAUGGCGAUUGCACGGCGCAUGGCUGCGCCCUUGCUGAGCGGGAGUUGUGAUGGGGAGCUUCGACUUUGGGACAUGCAGUAUCUUCGCUGCGGGACCUCUGUCUCCAAAGCCCAUGAGGGCUUCGUGCGCGGCGUCACCAUGAGUCCCGAUGGACGAAAAGCAUUCUCCUGCGGCGAUGACAAGGCAGCCAAGAUGUGGAGCAUCAAGGCCAAAGCGUGCGUCAUCUCGGAGGAAGCCGAGGCGGUGUACAACAUGGCCUACAUUCCUGGGGCCAUCGAUCACCAUUGGCAGCGGCCUAUGUUCGUCACGGUUGGAGACACGGUGGACGUGUGGGACUACAAUAGGUCGACUCCACUGAGCUCCUUCGAGUGGGGUUGCGAGCGGGUCAUCACGGGCCGCUUCAAUCCUGCGGAGCCUUGCCUGCUGGCAUCCACGGCGGUGGACAGGUCGAUCGGCCUCUACGAUCUACGUGGGAACGCCUCGAUCCGGAAGGUCAUUUUAAAGAAUCGCUCCAACGGUAUCUGCUGGAAUCCAAUGCGCCCGAUGAGCUUCACCGUGGCGAACGAAGAUUGUAGCUUGUACACCUUCGACAUGCGCAAGCUCUCAGCAGCAAUGUACAGACAUUGGGAUCAUGUCAUGGCCGUUCUGGAUGUGGACUACGCACCGAACGGCCAAGAGUUUGUGUCGGCCAGCUACGACAACACCGUCCGGCUCUGGAACUGCACAGCACAGAGAUCCAAGGAGGUCUAUCAUGGAAAGCGAAUGCAGCGAGUGCUUUGCUGCCAUUUCACCCCAGACGGGAGAUUCGUUCUCUCUGGUUCGGAGGACACGAACAUUCGAGUCUGGAAGGCCAAAGCGGAUCAGAAGCUUGGCGUGUCAACGCCUCGAGAGAAGAGAGCAGAGGCCUACAGAGAAACUCUGAAGAAAAAGUUUGCACGGAUGCCGGAGAUCGCUCGCAUCAAGCGACACAGGCAUGUCCCCAAGAUGAUCAAGUCGAUGGGGAACAAGCGGCGCAUCAUGAGAGAGGCGAAACAGCGCAAGGAGACAAAUCGCAAGAAGCAUUCGAAGCCGGGAAGCGUCGUUCACGAACCCAUGAAGAAGCGGCACAUCCUCAAGACUCCAGAGUAUAUAGGGAUCAUGGCGCCGAAAGCAGAAGCUGCCGGGACGGCUGUCGUGUGGUUCCGCAAAGGGCUUCGCUUGCAUGACAAUGCGGCGCUUUUGGAGGCAGCCAAAUCUGGAGCGAAACACCUUUGCCCUGUGUUCGUUCUGGACCCUUUCUUCGGCCCCAAGUUCGUUGGGCCAAAUCGCUACAAUUUCCUCUUAGAUUGCCUGCGAGAUCUGGAUCAGCAGCUUCGGAAGCGCUACCGUAGCCGCUUGAUCGUCUUGCGCGGCAGACCGCAGGAGGUGCUUGGCAAGCUUUUCCAAAGUGGAAAGCCGCUCCUGGCUGCCAAGCCGCGACUCAUCGUGUGGGAGAAGGACACGGAGCCCUAUGCAAGGAAGCGUGACGCAGCCAUAGAGAAGCUGGCCAAGAAGGGCGGCAUUGAGGUGCGCACCUUCUCGGGACACACGCUGUACGAUGUUGACGAAGCGUUGGCGAAGAACAAAGGGUCUUCUCCUACGACCAACAACGGAAUGCAGUCCUUGGCUAAGAAAUUGGGAGAGCCUGCCGCCCCACGCCCUGCGCCAGCAAAAUUGCCACCAUUACCACCGGCCGCGUCAGGAAAGGCCUACGACGUGCCCGAACUGAAGAAGAUGGGCUACAAAUCCAGCCCGCAGACUUACCUCAAAGGGGGCGAGACUGCCGGUGCGGCGCGAAUGACCUCCAUGCUCAAGAAAACAAAGUUCAUCCGGACCUUCCGGAAGCCUCAGACAAGAUCCACUGCUUUUGACCCGCCGGACACGACAGUCCUCUCGCCUUACUUGAAGUUUGGAUGCGUGAGCAUCCGUGAGUUCUACUACGGCCUGAAGAAGGUCUGUUCGGGAUCGAACCAUUCCAAGCCACCCGAGUCCCUGCUGGGCCAGAUCCUGUUUCGGGAAAUGGCCUACCUGAUGGGAGCCUCCAUCCCCAACUUUGAUCGGCAGGCCGGAAAUCCGUGCUGUAAGCCGAUCCCAUGGGCAAAGAACAAGAAGCUCCUCGCGGCAUGGGAGACGGGAAGGACUGGGUACCCCUUCAUAGAUGCAGCCAUGCGGCAGCUGACCAGGGUCGGGUGGAUGCAUCACCUUGCGCGGCAUGCCGUGGCGUGCUUCCUCACUCGUGGAGACCUCUGGCUCUCCUGGGAAGAAGGCCGGGAUGUCUUCGACAGGUUGCUCGUCGACGCUGAUUGGUCCCUGAACAACAUGAACUGGCUGGGCCUCUCUGGUGCUGCUCCCUGGUCCCCACCGUUCUUCCGAGUCUACCACCCUGUACCGAAGAUGGAUUCUUCCCUGAACGUCAAGGAUCCUGAGGGCAAGUUCAUCCGCGAGUUCGUUCCGGAACUUCGGAGAAUGCCGAGCAAGUACAUCUAUACACCUUGGACGGCUCCGAAGGAGGUGCAGCAGGCAGCUGGGUGCAUCGUGGGCAAGGAUUAUCCGAAGCCGAUCGUGGAUCAUGAGACGGCGAGCAAGGCCAACCUGGAACGUUUCAAGAAGGCCUUGGCAGCGGCGAGGAGUGCCGGCGGUCAGAAACGAAAGGCUUCAGGGUCCACAUCUUCAGGAAAGAAGCGCAGGUUUGGGUGA